AUGGCGGCGGCCGAGCGGUCGAGCACCGUGUUCGAGCUGAAGCGCAUAGUUGAGGGCAUUCUCAAGCGGCCGCCGGACGAGCAGCGGCUGUACAAGGAUGAUCAGCUCCUGGAUGACAGCAAGACACUGGGUGAAUGUGGCUUCACCAGCCAAACAGCACGGCCACAGGCCCCAGCCACGGUGGGGCUGGCCUUCCGAGCAGAUGAUGCCUUUGAGGCCCUGCGCAUCGAGCCCUUCUCUAGCCCACCUGAGCUGCCUGACGUGAUGAAGCCACAAGACUCAGGAAGCAGCGCCAAUGAACAGGCUGUGCAGUGAGGGCCUCCUGCCCACCCGAGACCCAUUCCCCCCAAUAAAAGAGAUUUGGACAUCUG